AUGAGAAGACCGGCACGGUGGAGCUCCAUCGGGUCCUCUCCAAGCUCGAUGAACGACGACGACAACAUCAGUUGGGAUGAGCUCAGCGAGUCGAUAGUGAAUCUUGGAAUAUGCGUGCUGGAGGACAAGUUGCGGGCGAUGGUCGCGAAGAUUGACGCCCACGGACGCCGAGGGAUUCAGCGCCCUAUACGCGGCGGUUUUCGUUUGGGACGGGGUGGGUUCAUCAUGUCGGAUGAGCUGAGGUUGGUGCUGGCGGCACUGGGGCAGAAGCAGGUGAAGACAAUGGAUGAGUACCGAAAGUGGUGUGGAACACGUGGCGGCCGGAUUCGUGACCCACUGCGGUUGGAGCUCCAUCCUAGAGGCUGUUAUGCGCGGGAUGCCGAUGAUCGGGUGGCCGACCUACCGGAGCAGAGAAUGGACAUGGUGUUCAUAGUGGAGAAGAUGGGGGUAGCGCUGCCGUUGGAUGACGGGGACGACGAGUUCGUGGUGGCGGAGGAGCAGAAGAAGUGGGAUGUAAAUAAUGACGGGUUUAGGCAUAUAUUGGCUGAAGAGUUACGUAAAAAGAGACUGAUUUCUCAUGGUGAAACUGGAGAAUCUGUCUUGCCUCUAUCCCAUUUCAGGACUUCACAUUUGUUUCCCCUGCGCUCUCCUUUUAACGGUAAGGUAGUCAACAUGUUUGGUCCACAAAUGUUGAAGCUCUGGGAACGCAAUAUGGAGCCAAGGCGUUGCUCGACCAUUGAAAUGGAAGACACAAACAUGAGCAUGGAAAGCUAUAAGCUCAUGAGGUAUGGUGUUCUGGCCGCCAUAAGCUCAGUACUGACUUCAGAUUCUGCAUUUUGA